GAACAAAUAAGCCAGCUCCACCAGUACUGAAGCACUGCCAGAUCCUCCAAGGACAUACUUUUACUUUGGAUUAUUCCUAAACUUUAAGGGUUAUAAUGGAGCCUGUAUUCACAAGCACAAGGCUAAAGGUGGCAGUGCUGUUUCUGCUCACAAUUCGGCUGAAGACAGAUGUGACUGAGGCAAUGCAAGUGACGUCUUCAGGGCCACAGACCAUUCAAAUGGCCCAGGGGGGGACUGUCAACCUUGGAUGCACCUACAGCUCCGCACCUCAAGACAAAGGGGAGCUGGACAUUGAGUGGUCCAACGUCAGCCCAGACAUGACACAGAAAGACCAACUGAUCUUAUCACAUACAGGGGGCUUGAUGCACCAGUACGGCGACCCCGGAGUCUCCAGAAGGCUCAAGUUCAUAGGCGACCCCAAGCAGGGAGACGCUUCCAUCUCUAUCUCUGAUGUGAGGCCCUCAGACACAGGCACCUACCAGUGUAAAGUCAAGAAGGCGCCAGGUGUUGACAUGAGAAAAGUCACUCUUGUGGUUAUGGCUCCCCCAUCAGUGCCAAAGUGCUGGAUUGAAGGCGGAGAGGAGAAAGGUGGCCCAGUUUCCCUCCGCUGCAAAUCCUCUCAGGGAUCCAUUCCUCUCAGUUACACGUGGAAGAGAGAGAGCGGAGGUGCAAUGCCAUCCGAUGCAACCCAAGACACAGAGAGUGGGGAGCUUUUGAUAAAGAACCAUACAGACAGCAACAUUGGAAGUUACAUGUGUGAGGCGAAAAAUGCUGUGGGCCAAGAGCAGUGUAAAUAUACGCUGCGUGCAUACAACCCUACCAAUAAGGUGGGUGUCAUAGUUGGGGCAGUGAUAGGUGCUAUCUUGCUGCUGCUCCUCCUCCUGCUUCUCAUCUGGCUCCUGAUCUGCUGCUGCCAUAAGCGUCGCUAUGAGAAAGAGAUCGCAAACGAAUUAAGGGAGGACGCCGUGGCCCCGGAGAGCAGGCCCUCCAGCAGAAACUCCAGUUUCCGCUCAGUGUUGGCGUACCGCACCCACCCCGGGGUGCAAUACAGCUCUGUGAGGAAAAACCUGCCCAGCGUCAGUGAAUCAGGCCCGAGUCCCGUCUACACUGGCGAGAGUAACGGCGCAUCAGGUCGUCCUUCCCUCAAAUACGACCAUCAAUACGGAUACCCUGUGUAACUACAUCCAAAUGCCUGAUACACUUUUGUAUAAAACUAAGCCUUUUAAAGAGGGGGAUGUAAAAAUAUUAAAUUUUAAAAAACUCAAUGUAAAGAAUAUAUAUCACAAAUGGUGCAAUUCAAUAUAUUUAACUGGAGUAUCAUGGAAGUGUUCAUAUAAAACUUAUUGGGAAUUCAAUCUUAACUCGAACAAAAAUGUACAACUGGUUGCCUUUCAUAAUGCACUGAAGCACACCACUGCUGCUUCUCAUUGUUACACUGAUUUUGCUAAAACUGUAUGUAAAAUGUAUAUAUCUUAAUACUUGUAUUUUUAACCUGUGCUUUUUUUUCAAUCACUUUAUAACUUUUUUUUAAAUAUGUGGACAAUAAAACAUUUUUAGCUGAGAGGUUGAUGAGGAGAGUACCAUCUAAAUCUCAUUCAUGGCUCACUGAGCAGCCAGGUUUUUGUGCCAUGGGUCCAUCUUUUAUUGCUUUAUGAUAUCUGGGCUGA